AUGUGGUGCUGGCUCGUCGCUGCCGCCGAAACUUCGAGUGAGGAGCUUCAAGAAAUCGGCAUAAUCGCUGCCGAGAGACUUCUGGUCUAUGUCGAUGCUACUGCCCUCCGUCACCCCUCUCCCGCUCAUGCGCGGUGGUCAAUUGGGCGCAUGAAGCGGCCAGUGAGGGGCCGUGAAGGGACCGUCCGACAACAAGGAGGGGAUAGGAUCGUUGUUGUCACCGAACUGAGGCUCAUGGUUGUAGUGACUCCCGGCUCCCUGAAGAAGGCUGAAACUCUUUGCAAAUCUCCUGGCGCUGGGCGCACCACCAAGGACGACUUCUAG